AUGGAAAUCGGUGGCGUGGAUACUGCGCAUGACGUGCAGCGCCUGGAGCGGCUCUCUUACGUGGGCUCCGCUGUUUCAAGUUGUGACGGCGAGGACAAACCCGUUGGUAACACUCCUUUGAGGAAGCUCGAGGUCGAUGAAGAAGAAGGAUUGCCGCUCCGGUCCGGCGACGUUCCGAACUUGUACUAUUGGCGCCACAUUGGUCUGCUGAUGCAGUAUGCAGCUGUGGGUUUGCUGUACGGCGGGCUGCCACGGACGGUGUAUCCAUUCCUGAACAAUUUUUUGCAUUUGAACGGCUACCAGACGCUAUCGGCUCGUGUACUGCUAUCCCUGCCAUGGUCGUUCAAGGUGAUGAUUGGAAUUGUGUCCGACUGUUUCCCCAUUUUCCGCUCUCGUCGCCGUGCAUACAUGGUCAUAGGGUGGAUCAUUUGCUCGAGUAUGCUGCUCAUUCUCGUCUUCGUAAAGCAGGAACCUCCGUACUAUAUGGACUCGACACUCCGAGGCAAAGACCUCUCGAAGAUGUCUGCUUCUGAACUACGAGGUCGAGUGAAUUUUCAGGCACCAGAUUCGGGUUCCAUUUACAUUGUGCUAAUGAUGCUAGCAAGCCUCGGAUAUAUGAUCGCCGACGUGGCAUCCGACGGACUUGUGGUGGAAUUUGCGCAACUGUUUUGA